CAUCACCUAUAUGGUACAACAAUACGCUACGGUUACGUAUCUACCAGCGGGUUAGUUGAGGGCUGCACUGUAACGUAUGCGGAUGCUGACGUCUUCAUGCUAGGUCAAAAUACCAACAAGUCACCCCUCCAGGAACUGCCAUGGCCUUCCAAGCUUACUCCAAAAGACGACCUACCCGAGAUGGAAGCGUUCUUCAGUUGCCACUUAGUAGAUCAUCCGAACGAACUUGUACUCUACCGUAGGAGAUACAAUAGCCCUUUUGAAGAAUACUCUGCCAUGCUUGAGAAUCAGCGCCAACUUGCUACAGAGCUAGUUACCUGGCUGGGCGAUUUAUCGCCUGGACACGUACAGGAUAUCGGAGGGGGUAACAUGACACAAUGCAUAGAGAAGGAGCUGAACGAGUCUAUACGCCUUGGAAAAUAUCUCAGCAAAGCGGUCUGCUAUAUCGACUCACCUUGGCCAGGGGGCGACACAUCUCCCCAAUCUCUUGGGGAGAGAAAGAUCCUGAGAGAACAGGCCUCCGAGCUUGCUCAACAACUUUACCCAUUGGUUGAACUCACCAUAUUCGACCUUGGCUCUGGGAAUUCUGAAAAGUUGCUGCCGAUAUUUAAUGAGCUCGAGAAAGCAGAGAAGGUGCUCCAAAUCCUCGAAGACUGGAGCCAGGUUGUCGAUCGGCUCAUUCUUGGCCAGCAUGAGCCAGUGGGGGAAAAAGAGUUGGAAAGUUCUUAUCACACACCUGAAUUCACUGAAUUCAUGAGAGGUGGGUGGGAUAAGGCGAACGAGCUUUUAGGGUGGAAAGAAUUUGAUGAUACAAGAUGGUCACUUGAGUGCAAGACAACUACUUUGCCUCAGUGUCACAAGUUUCAUUGUACCCCUUUAGCACAACCCAGAACUGAAUUUUUCUGGUUUGCAUGCUACAAGUACACAGUGCCGGAAUUUCAGCGCAUAAUCCAAAGUUCCGGAUGGAGAGUCUCAAAAUGCUAUCGAGAUGAGAAGACCAAAAUGUCGAUGUACAAUAUCAUUCCAGCUCAAAAGACCGACGCUGGGUCUUUGGAGGGUACACCCCUUGCUCGACACGUUUGA